CUUCGAACAUCGAUUCACACGAUCUCGAGCCCUUCCUCCUUCGUUAUUACUAGCUUUGGUCGUUAUUCACCAUGCGAUUUCUUUGUCUGCAUGGCAUUGGUACGAGCAGUCAGAUUUUGAAAAUGCAGACAGCUGCUAUUCGCUAUGAACUCGCCGACCAACAUACGUACCAGUUUGUCCAGGGUGUCGUCCCCUGGCCAAUGGCAUCCGGACUAAAAUUGCUUUCCGAUCCGUCAGCAGAGCAUUGGGCUUAUUACGACAUUGGCGAGGGUGUUGCUUCUAGCCUCGCCACGGCACUGGAGCAGCUCAAAGCUUACCUCGCUGCCGAAGGGCCAUUUGAUGGGGUACUAGGAUUCUCUCAGGGAGCAGGGCUGGCUGCCAUGUUCCUGGUGCAAAGAUAUUACGAAGAUCCUUUGGCGACACCUCCAUUCAAAUUGGCCAUUUUCUUCUCGCCCGUGUCUGUUUAUGAUCCGGUGGCAUAUCAGAAGAGUGGAGAAGUCAAGAUCUUGGACGGCCCUGUGGACCAGAAAUAUGUAAUUCGAAUCCCAACUGCCAUUAUCUACGGGGAAGAAGAUAGCAGGAGACAUGAGUGCGAGGGAUUGGUGUCUUCAUGCGAUCCAACUAAGCUGUCGGUGCUAGUGCAGAAAGGAGGUCAUGAGAUUGCUGGAAUUGGGCUUCGUUCCGAACUGGCUGGGACAGUGAACACAAUUAGGCGGGUUAUCUACUUGGCACAGCUUUCACCUCGCACCCAUUAAAUCAAACCAAGUGGAAUUAUUAGACACAUGAUUCGUUCGAAAAGUAUUUCUUUGUGGGUUUUGAUCUGAUUUGGCUAGUAAUACUCUAGAAUGGUUGUAUAAACGGAUGGAUAUAACCCUUACUAGACACGGUAUGCACGAAUAUUGAGGCACUGGUAGUGUUCUGACAGAAUGUUAAGAUAGUGGAGUGAAGCUGAACC